UCAAGAUACUGGAGUGAAAAGUUUGAGCUGAACAAGCGCUUGAUUUGAUAUUAUGAUUAGGUUAUUAGGGAAAUAACGAACUGUAAAUCGCGGAAUAUUAUUAUGGUAUGAAACCAGUGACAUCUGCCUUAUUAUAACAUUUAUUGCCAAUAGGGCCUGAGGGUUGGCAUUAUGUCGGAGGGCAAUGAAUGCACUGGUGGGGAGUGGAAAGAGAAGUACAUGGCCCUGGAGACCCUGCUCUUUAAGUUUCGUGGACAGAUGAGCGUGAUUCGAGAGCUCACUGCAGAGAAGAUGCAGCAGUUGGAGACGCAGGUUGUGGAUGCAGAACGUCGUGCAUAUGAGGCCAACCAGCAGGUUCAGUGGAUGGAGGAACGUCUGAAAGCGUCAGAUGUCCAGUCAGGUUAUUCAGACCUGCAGCUCUUCAAGCGCUAUCAAAGCCUUCAAGCAUCACUACAUGAGAAAGAUGAGCUCAUCUCCAGCCUAGAGCAACAGCUGGAGGAACAGAAACAGAACCGAAUCCAAGAUGCCAAGACAGUGGAGGAAAAAGCAGCCAAGAUCAAGGAAUGGGUGAUGAAGAAGCUGAAUGAGUUUGAUGUGGAGAAUGCCUCUUUGAGAGAGAUCAAUCAAAAACACGAAUCUGAGAUGCAAGACCUGAAAAAACAACUGCAAGCCACGAAUCCUUCUGCUCCUGGUGGCCCAGUCCAGGCCAAUGUAGGUGAAGCCAAGCGACUCAGUAGCCUUACAUUUGGCUGUUUCCAGAUCAGAGGAAAGAACCCUCAGGUACUAACCGGCCCAGAACCAUCCCAGAAAAGCAUCAGCACCCUGCUGGAUCAGGACCACACACACAUGGAGGGCAGGAGACCCUCUACAGAUUGUGGAAUGAAAGUUCCAGAAACCGAGCAUUGUGGCACUGGCUCUAAAAUGGGAUCUGAAGAAGUGGGUGAGUGUGACAGCAUCGGCGAACCAUCGUCUUGCAGCCUCUCCUCUGACUUAUCCAUCUCCAAAGGAGACAGAUGUCUAUUUGAAGGUUUGCGUUUUAACCGGCCCGCCAGCGAGGCUAACCUCACAUCUGACGACAGCAGUUCACUGUUCGACGACGACAUGCAGCGGGUGGAAUUCUCCAAACUCUGCCUUCCUGGAACCAAGAGCAAUAAGAAGAAAGGCAGCAAGAAAGCGUAUAUUGAAGACGGAUGCUCGGACGACCUAAAUAAACGCUUCCAGUUGCAAUGUCUGGAUUCCUCUUCUUCCUCCAGUGACACAAACACCCCCAGUCCCGUCCUAACUCCAGCUCUUACGCCAAAGCGUCCAACCCCUUCCCAGGAUUCCCAAGACACCCCAGCCUCUCCCAAACAGCCCCGUCUGCGCACCCCCAAUACGUUUAACGUGAGUUUGGCGCUAGCCAAGAAGCACCUUAGUCAGCCCCCUCUGUACAGCGAAGUCACUCACGGGCGAACACGUAACGCAAUUAGCAUGCUACGUCCUCUCCGGCCCCAUGAAACAGAUCUGGACCAAGAGCAAAGGAUGGAGACUUGUGAUCGUGAGCAUCCCGAUCUACCUUCACAACUGCCAGCUGAAGUGCCGCCAAAAGAACCAGAAACACCGGAAGCCUGCGCAGCCGUUCCUGGGAGUAAACCUCCGACUCCUCCCCUGCACAGGUUGCCAUCGUGGGAGAGCAGAAUAUAUGCUGUGGCGAAAUCUGGAAUUCGUCUUUCAGAGAUGUCAUGCAAAGAUGUUACUAAUAAAGACUCCCCCAACCCAUUAUCGUGCCCCUCCUACAUGCUCUACACAUCCCUCGUCUACAAGAACACGAGCACACCUGUGUUCACCACACUUAAAGGGAGGGCGACAUUGUUAAGCACUAAUGAGUUUCCAGAGGAGUGGUCCAGUUCAGAGGAGGAGGAGAGUUCAGAGGAGUGUCAGUGUUACUCUGGAGAGGAGGAGAUGUCUCUGUCCGGCUCUCUCACCUCCGGAUCAGAAUCACAUAAGAACAGCAGCCACGAAAGCCCUCGAUCCCUGAAGAGAGCUGUAUCAUUGUCUUCUAUGACAUCUGAAUGCGACUACGCCAUCCCUCCUGAUGCUUACUCCACUGACACUGAGUGUUCUGAACCAGAGAACAAACUGCCCAAGACCUGCUCCACCGGCAGCGACAAUGACAAGAGUGACUCUAUGGAGAAGUCUGGUUACCUGUUGAAAAUGGUUAAGACAUGGAAGAAAACAUGGAAGAGACGCUGGUUUAUUUUGAAAGACGGGGAGCUGCUGUACUACAAGUCACCGAGUAAUGUCAUCCGUAAGCCUCAAGGCCAGAUUGAGCUCAACGCUUCAAGCACCAUAGCACGCGGUGAUGGGAAACAGAUUCUUCAGGUGGUGACAGGUAAGAGUGUCCAUUAUCUGAAGGCGGAUUCUCCAAACCUCCUGGAGGAGUGGCUGGGGGUUCUGCAGAGCGUUGUGAGAAUCAAAGCCUCUAGUCCUCUAUUCACACAACCUGAUGUUCGGCCUGUCAUGAUAGGACACCUGACGAAGGUGAAGUAUGGAUACUCAAAGCAUGUGUGGUGUGCACUGUUUGGGAAGGCGCUGUACUACUUCAGAAGUCAAGAGGAUAAGUUUCCACUUGGUCAGAUCAAACUGUGUGACGCUCGGGUGGAGGAAGUGGAUAAGUCAUGUGACUCUGAUAAAGUCUCUGCGCAAUACACUCUUUCCAUUCAACCAGUGAGUCAGAGCCUGACAUACCUGCUCAUUGACUCACCUCAUGAGAAGACGGCCUGGCUGUACCAUCUGUCUGUGGCAGCGGGCACUGCAGUGGGGCAGGUGGGCACUGAGUUUGAGCAGCUGGUUGCUAAACUUCUCAACGUGGAUGGAGAUCCAGGGUCUCUUCUCUGGAGACAUCCAACGCUGUGUUUCACUAAGGAAGGACUGUCUUCUCCGCUCACCACCCUGCCCUCCCAGGCCCUUCAAACUGAAGCAAUAAAGCUCUUUAAGACAUGUCAACUGUUUAUAAAUGUCGCCAUUGACACUCCAGCCAUAGAUUAUCAUGUGACUUUAGCCCAGUGUGCUCUGCAAGUGUGUCUCACCCACCCAGAGCUCCAAACUGAAAUCUACUGCCAGCUUAUUAAACAGACCCGCAGGAGACAACCGAACGGUCAGCCGGGACCCGUUCAGGGUUGGCAGUUUUUGGCUCUGUGUGUCGGCCUCUUCCUGCCCACGCACCCCAUUCUUUGGCUUUUGCAAAUGCACCUUAAAAGGCAUGGAGAUUUAAGGACGGAAGUAGGAAAGUAUGCCAUCUACUGCCAGCGUUCACUGGAGCGGACACAGCAGAAAGGUGAACGGCAAGCACGAUCAUCACGUAUGGAGAUCCUGUCUAUCCUUCUGAGGAAUCCUUAUCACCACUCUCUGCCCUUCAGCGUGCCUGUGCACUUCCUUAACAACACAUACCAGGUUGUUGGUUUUGAUGCUUCGACAACAGUGGAGGAAUUCCAGAGCCGACUGAAUCAGGACACAGGCGUGAGGAAGACUGGUCAAUCUGGUUUCAGCCUUUAUUCCGACGACCCCACCGGCAGAGACUUUGAACACUGUCUUCAGGGAAACCUGAAGAUUUGUGAUAUUAUUGCGAAAUGGGAGCAGGCCGCAAAGGAACAGCACACGGGCAAAUCUGAGAAUGCCAGAACCAUCAAACUCACUUAUAAGAACAGGUUAUAUUUCGCACAGCAGAUGAGAGGAGAGACGGAGAGAGAGCGUUUCCUGUUGGCUUACCAAACAAAUGAGGAAAUAAUAGCAGGCCGCUUCCCUGUAAACAAAGAGCUGGCUUUAGAGAUGGCCGCUCUGCUUGCUCAGGUGGAAUUUGGGGACUAUGAACGUCCAUUUUGUUGUCUGGGUGGAUCAGGAGCUUCACAGACUAAAUCUAAGCAGACCCUGAAACAAGUUCUGGAGCGUUACUACCCGAGGCAUUACAGACACACCUGUACUGAGGAGCACAUGGGGCAGUUACUAGAGAGGCUGUCCACCCGCUGGGCAUCUCUGAGGGGACGGACUUCCUCUGAAUGCAUACGAAUCUACAUGACCGUGGCUCGGAAGUGGACGCUUUUUGGAGCCAAACUAUUUGAGGCCGAGCCUUUAUCUCCAACUCUGCAGAACAACAUGCGCGUGUGGCUGACAGUACAUGAAAAUGGAGUCAUCGUACUGGAGUUCAACACCAUAAAAGUUCUGGAGUCUCACCCUCAUAAAAACAUUGUGACAUUCGGAGCGUGCGGUCAGGACUUUAUGCUGGUGGUAGCUUCGGGUUCUGGCAUCAGCACGUCCAAAGAAAAGCCCACAGAGAAGCAUCUGUUUGCUAUGGCCUCCUCUAAAGUUCGAGAUGUGACAUUGCUCUUAGCCAGCUACAUAAACAGCACACAACAGCAAAAAUCGGCGGCCCACCACCUUUCUGCUCCGGCCCUGAUGCUGGCUCAGUCUGGAGAACGGAAGAGCAAGGAAUCAAGAAGCAAAUCUCCACCUGCGACUUGCAGACCCAGCAAAGCCCCCACCUUACUUUAAAUUAAUUUACUGGUGGAAUCUGUGAUUUUCUUUUCUCAGGCUUUGCCUCAGUCUUCUGCCUAGUGCACUAAGAAGUACACUACCUAGGGAGUCAAUCAGUUAGUCUUCUCUUGGGCUUUUUCUGUGUUUGAUGGUUGACUGCCUAGAAAUUCCCCUUAAUGCACAACCCAGUGCACUUUGAUUGCUCAAUAUUCACCUAUUCUAAAAAUGUCAUCAUUUUAAGCAGAAUUUGUACACUAGUGGUCGACAACAAAAAUGAUGCCAUUUCAUGUUAUGUAAGACUCUCUUAUGUCUGGACGUUGUACAUUUAAAGGGAAUCUUUCAUAACACCCAUUGUUCUCAAUGGGGAUUAUUAUUGGAUUCACUUCACUGUGAUGCUGUGUUUAUUUCAAUCAUCUGAAAUACAUGUACUACCUUCAUGUGUUAAUAUUGUUUAUUAUGUUACUGUCUUUUUAUUUAACAAUAAUGCACAUUUGAUUUUGAAUUAAGGUUAUGUGAAUUCGGAAGAAAUUGUGCUUUAAGCUUUUUUUCAUUUCUUUAUUUUGGCUUGGGGUUGAAGUAUGACUCAGGACAUGUUUGAUGAGAUUUACCCAAAUACACAACAUGUUAUGUUGGUACCUCUGUAUGAAAUUAAAAAUAUAUAUUUAUUAUGUCCAUGUUUUGUUAUAAAACAAUACAUUUAUAUAAAUACUAACCUAGCACAUUUAUUGAGUAUGAGUAUGUAAUUUAUUAUGCAACUAUUAUUAAAUACAUUUUUCAGAGAUGUUUAUUCCCCUCAUCAUUUACAGGAAACUUAGUGACCCUCCUACGAUAUCACGUUCAAUGGAAAUGUCACCACGUUCAUGUUUAAGCAUGUAGAGUAAAAACAUGAUGGGAAUAUACUUAAAAACAGGAAGCGCGUUGUGAUCGUUGGAAUCUGUGACGGUUGGGGUGUUAAAGAUUUGUUAUUACUAAAUGAAAUGGAAAGUCAUUUAAAACUUCUAUUGAUUCAAGAUUGUGAUGUUGUUGAAUAAUGAUGAUAUCAUAAGAAAACUAUUUAUUCUGAUAUGUAUUAUCUAGAAAUAUUUUCUAUGUGAAACUAAAUAAAUAUUAUUACUGUCAAAA